UUGAAAACUCCACCAAUGCUUUGUCUUAUUGGUACAUGUAGGGAAGCCGGUUGAAGCUUUAUGGUUUUAUUUUUCUAUUUUCGGCCUUGAAAGUCUUGAUUGAGAAAACCCUGACAAGAUUGUCUCUGACAGUAAAUCCACCAGUUAAGAUGGAAGAAAAGCAGUAUGAAUAUCAGACGGCCCCCAUGGAUUAUUUUCAGCAUUGGUACCAUUCCACUCCAGAACAGUUUCAGCCACAGCCGGUUCCUCAGUACAGCCAGAUGGUAAACGCUUUUCAACACCAGCAGGAACUCGGAGAGGACAGAAUCAUGAGUGAAUUAGCUGUGUAUAAAGAUCAGUAUCCAGUACAAACCAGUCAACCCCACCAGCUGCCUGUUCCGCCUACAGCUCUUCCAUCAACACCUAGCAAAGGGAAGAAGCGAGGGAGACCACCAAAACAGAAGCCAGAAGAGGGAGAAGAGCAGGCAGAUACCAAAGACACUGUGAAAAAAGCCAAAAGAACCCUGGACAGAUUUAAUGGCAUGUCUGUGGAAGAGGUCAUGGCCAGAAAGCUGCCGGAUAUCAUCACCUACAAUCUCGACAUUCUUAUAAUUGGGAUCAAUCCUGGACUGAUGUCAGCAUACAAAGGACGCCAUUACCCGAAUCCCGGGAACCAUUUUUGGAAAUGCCUGUUCUUAUCAGGACUCACAGAUGAGCAGUUAAACUAUAUGCAUGAUCAGACUCUUCCAGAAAAGUAUGGCAUCGGCUUCACUAAUAUGGUAGAGAGGACUACACCUGGGAGUAAAGACCUCUCGAAUAAAGAGAUUCGGGAAGGAGGUAAACAACUUCUGGAAAAGCUGCAGAAAUACAGGCCACGAAUAGCAGCAUUUAAUGGGAAAGGUAUUUAUGAAAUAUUCUGUAAUGAAAUUUUUGGAGUGAAAGCCAAGAACCUAGAAUUUGGACUACAGCCCUACAAGGUUCCAGACACAGAAACAGUUUGUUAUCUUAUGCCAUCCUCCAGUCCCCGCUGUGCUCAGUUCCCUCGUGCUCAAGACAAAGUUCAUUUCUACAUUAAGCUGAAGGAGCUUAGGAACCAGCUCAAGGGUUUCGUGAAGAACCAGGAGGUUCAGGAGACCCAGUACACAUUUGACUUGGCCAUGGCUAAAGAGGAUGCCAAAAGGAUGGUCAUCAAAGAAGAGCAGCAUGAUCCUGGCUAUGAGGAAAGCUGUACAAGUGGAACUCAACAGGCCUGUAGUUUCUAUCCUAAUGAGAGAGGUGCUGCAAAUUCAGAAUACUCCCGAGUUAUGGAUCACAUUAGGUCAAACCAGUGGACGGUACAGCCGUUUGAAGACCAGAUUCCGGACAUUAGAUGCCCCAGCGAUAAUAGGAUAUCUUGACAUAAGUAACUAAUUAAAGAACUUUCAUUAUAAGCUAAGUGUAAACUGAUUAAAGGACCAAAUACAAACGUUUAAUAUGUAUCUGUAUUUCAUCCAUAUUUUUUUUUGUUUCAUAACUUUGAUCUUGGAUCAUGUGCUCCAGGGUCAGUGUAGCCUCAUUUCUGUACUAUGAAUGUCUAUGUAGAGAAGCAAAGGUUUUUUAUGUGAGUUAUGUAUUCCUACUGAUAAUGACUCAAACCCUUGCGGUUCAGUUUAUUCUCAGAUCUUUCAGAUUGGAAAGAUAUACAAAACUUUGCUCUCAGGGUUUUAUUCAUUUUGUUUUUACUGUAUUUACCCUCGAGGUCAUGCAUGAGUUUCAUGCAUGAUUCUGUAAACUUGCACAGUAUUUGGCCAUGUUGAAUCCUAUUGGUGCUCAUUCACUAUUUCUGACCAUUACCUCAGUUGAGUGGUAUUAUGUGUUUUAUUCUCUGUUUUCAAUGUGUUGUCAUGUAUGUGAUUGUGUGUGAGAAAUAUUUAAAGAACGGUUCACAAACUCACAAAAAAUUGAGAAGGCUGAUUUAAAAUGUGUUGUUAAAUCAAGUGUCCCUUGAGUUAUACCUAUGCAUGUGAAUGCAGAAUUAAAUGUAAGGGUUUUAAGUUUUUCUACCAUGUUUCACAUGUACACUAAAACUGUACAGACUUUUUAUAUUUAUUGUGUAAUUACUUGAUAGAAUGUGACAUUAA